AGGUCAGGUGUGGCGAUGAUGAUGGCAGCUCCUCCUCCUCCUCUUCUUCUUCUCCUGUGUGUGUGUGCUGUGUUCGCUGAUGUGCCGCCGAUAGGAACUCAGCCUGAGCAGGUGCACAUCUCUUAUCCAGGUGUGCAGAGCUCUAUGCUGGUCACCUGGUCGACCGCUAAUCAGACUGACAGUGUUGUUGAAUAUGGAUUAUGGGGUGGAAAACUCUUCAGUCACUCGGCAACAGGAAACAGCAGCAUCUUCGUUAAUGAAGGAGCAGAAUACAGAGUGAUGUACGUCCACCGCGUCCUGCUGACUGAUCUGAGACCUGCAGCCUCAUACGUGUAUCACUGUGGCAGCAGCGCGGGCUGGAGCGAGCUCUUCUUCUUCACGGCUCUGAAUGAGAGUGUGUUCUUCAGCCCCAGGUUUGCUCUGUUUGGAGAUCUGGGGAACGAGAACCCGCAGUCUCUGAGCCGACUGCAGAAGGAGACGCAGAUCGGCACGUAUGACGUCAUUCUGCACAUCGGGGAUUUCGCUUAUGACUUGUAUGAGGAUAACGGGCGUAUUGGUGAUGAGUUCAUGAAGCAGAUUCAGUCCAUCGCUGCUUAUGUGCCGUACAUGACCUGUCCUGGGAACCACGAGUGGGCUUUUAAUUUCUCUCAGUACAGGAGCCGCUUCAGUAUGCCUGGAGACACCGAGGGCCUGUGGUACAGCUGGAACGUGGGUCCGGCUCACAUCAUCUCCUUCUCCACUGAGGUCUAUUUCUAUUAUCUGGAGUACGGUCUUGAUCUGCUCUUCAGACAGUAUGAGUGGCUGCGCGCCGAUCUACAGGAGGCGAAUCGUCCAGAGAAUCGAGCUGAGCGUCCGUGGAUCAUCACGAUGGGACACAGACCCAUGUACUGCUCCAAUGACGACGAUGACGACUGCACGCACUUCCAGAGCUACGUGCGACUCGGACGCAACGACACCAAGCCUCCUGCUCCUGGACUGGAGGAGUUAUUCUAUCAGUAUGGAGUGGAUCUGGAGCUCUGGGCUCAUGAACACACAUAUGAGAGACUCUGGCCUGUGUACGAUUACAGGGUGUUUAACGGGAGCUCCGAAGAGCCGUAUGUGAACCCUAAAGCACCAGUGCACAUCAUCACAGGUUCAGCUGGAUGUCGAGAGAAACACGAUGGCUUCAUCCCGAAGCCUCGCGACUGGAGCGCGUUCAGAAGCACAGAUUACGGAUACACACGUCUGCAGCUGAUCAACAACACACACCUGUACCUGGAGCAGGUGUCGGACGACCAGUACGGGAAGGUGAUCGAUCAGAUGACACUGGUGAAGGAGAAACAUGGACCAGAUGCAUGGAGAUGAAGACAAACACACACACUUAUAAACACACACACUGCAGACACAUACACGCACACAAAAUGACACUUAACCAAAAACACACAUAUAAAACACACAUUCAUACAGACGCACACAUUAACACUAAUAAACACACACUGUACACACACAAAUUAAAAAUCUAUAAACACAACGCUCACAAACACACUUACACACUACAGAAAACACACACACACACACUCUCUCUCUCUCAGGGAAAACACACUCUCUCAAUGAGAUGCACUUUAAUCACUCAAAUGAGGCUCUCACACACACGCACACACACAUAUUCACAGUCUGCCUUGUACACACACGUCUUCCUUCAUCUGAUUUACACACACCGUUUUAAUGAGAUGAAUAAUACACUUGAUAAAUAAAACACUUGGUUCCAAA